AGCCUUCAUCUCAUCACCAUCAUAAACACCAUCAUACAACGCUCCGGACGCGCAUCACCCACGGCGAGCCGAUUCCCACCAUACCGGCACCAGCGUCCGGUUUGCACAUCCCACCAUGCCUUCUGCAACCGGCCAAAACUGGGAAAAGUACUCCAAGCGAUACGCCGACGAUGAGAUAGAAGAGAAGAAGAUCACACCCCUCACCGAUGAGGAUAUCCAAGUCCUCAAGACAUAUGGCGCUGCGCCGUAUGCAUCGGCCAUCUCCAAGCUCGAAAAACAGAUCAAGGAGAAGCAACAGAGCGUAGACGAGAAGAUUGGCAUCAAGGAGUCGGAUACCGGUCUCGCACCACCGCAUCUAUGGGACGUCGCGGCCGAUCGACAACGGAUGUCUGAAGAGCAGCCUUUCCAGGUGGCACGCUGCACAAAGAUCAUCGCCGACGAGAAGGGAGACGAGUCGAAGAGCAAGUAUGUCAUCAACGUCAAGCAAAUCGCAAAGUUCGUCGUCCAGCUUGGAGACCGGGUCAGCCCCACGGAUAUUGAGGAGGGUAUGCGAGUUGGUGUGGACCGAAACAAGUAUCAGAUCAUGCUGCCGCUGCCGCCCAAGAUCGAUGCCAGCGUCACCAUGAUGACUGUUGAGGAGAAGCCAGAUGUCACAUACGGAGAUGUUGGCGGCUGCAAAGAACAGGUCGAGAAGCUGCGAGAAGUUGUCGAGAUGCCCCUGCUUUCACCAGAGAGGUUCUCAAACCUCGGUAUCGACCCCCCGAAGGGCGCAUUGCUCUACGGCCCUCCCGGAACCGGAAAGACGCUGUGCGCCAGAGCUGUCGCCAACCGAACAGACGCCACUUUCAUUCGAGUCAUUGGCAGUGAACUUGUACAAAAGUACGUCGGAGAGGGCGCCAGAAUGGUCCGAGAGCUGUUCGAGAUGGCGCGGACAAAGAAGGCUUGCAUCAUCUUCUUUGACGAAAUCGAUGCUGUCGGCGGUGCGCGAUUCGAUGACGGUGCUGGCGGUGACAAUGAAGUCCAGCGAACCAUGCUGGAGCUUAUCACGCAGCUGGACGGCUUCAACGCCCGAGGUAACAUCAAGGUCAUGUUUGCCACCAACAGGCCGUCUACGCUGGACCCUGCCCUGAUGCGACCGGGACGUAUCGACCGCAAGAUUGAGUUUUCGCUGCCCGACCUCGAGGGCCGUGCCAACAUCCUCCGCAUCCACGCCAAGAGCAUGUCCGUCGAGCGCGACAUUCGAUGGGAGCUCAUCUCCCGUCUUUGCCCCAACGCCACCGGCGCCGAGCUGAGGAGCGUGUGCACCGAGGCCGGCAUGUUUGCCAUCCGAGCGCGGAGAAAGGUGGCUUCGGAGAAGGAUUUCUUGGACGCGGUGGACAAGGUCAUCAAGGGCAACCUCAAGUUCAACUCAACAGCAACGUACAUGCAAUACAACUAGACAGCUUUCUUUUUCU